AUGUUUUACACCAAGCCCGACCCGGUGGUUGAUUAUUCCCGCCUCAAGGACAUGGACAUGUAUCCUGAGUACGACAAUGGCCAGAACAUGGGCUUUUCCAACAUGAACAUGACCGAUCUUUACGACGGCGGUCUUAACAUGUCGUCGAUGGCGCAACCCGUGGCGUUGAACCAGAUGGGCAGCAUGGGCCCCAUGGGCUCUUUAAGUAACAUGCCCAUGGGUUUUGUGUCCCAGAACCAGCCUCAAACUCAGGCUCAGGCCCAGGCCCAGAGCCAGAACCAGAAUCAGAACCAGAACCAGAACCAGAACCAGCCUCAGAAUCACAACACCCAUGUUAUGAGCGAUAACCACAACCAUACCCACACCAACAAUACUCACAACACCAACGUCACCCACAACACCCCCUCCAUGGGUGGUCACACAACCUCUGUCGGGGGCCACGACACCAAUGACUCGGCCCAUGUUGGGGGUCACGCCAGCAAUGUCACAUCCCCGACCCCGGCAACCCCUGCCUCCACAUCUUCCGUACCCGCAACCUCGCCUCAGAUUCCCUUCACGGUCGCGCCACCCGCACCGUCAGGCAAAUAUGUGACCGAUGACGAGCGAUGGCAGGCACUGGUCGACCGAGACCCCGAGGCUGACGGCGCCUUCAUCUACUGCGUCACCAGCACCAAGGUGUACUGCCGGCCCACGUGCUCGGCCCGGCUCGCGCUGCGGUCCAACAUUGUGUAUUUUGACACCAUGAAGGAGGCUGUGGCCGCCGGCUACCGCCCCUGCCGACGGUGCAACCCCGACGUGAGCGAGAUGAACUCGCAGCGACGCGCCGUGGGCUCCGUGUGUAACCUCAUCCACUCGCUGGAGCCCGACAAGGUGCCACGUGUCAAGAAGCUAGCCGAGUCCGUCGGCCUCACGCUCUGGCACUUUCACCGUCUCUUCAAGCGGUACACGGGCCUCACGCCUCGACAGUACAUCACUGAGUUCCACAAGCGAAAGCGCCUUGGGCUGCCGCAGUUGCAAGUCAGCAAGGUGGUAACCAAGAAGAGCUAUGAGCGACAGCAGCGUCGCCAGGGCAGCAACGGUUCCACGCCCCAGCAGUCUCCCCAAGUCGGCGCCUCUUCGCCAGCCGGCGAGGUGGAGGCCAUCAAGCUCGAGACCCCCGUCGAAACCGUCCAGCCGCUAUACUACGACAGCAACGGCGUGACUCACAACGCUGCCAACGUCGGGGCUCACAGCUCCAAUGUCACUCACAACACUAGCCAUGUCGGAAGCAACGCAACCUCCGCCACGAGCUCCAUUGCCACUCCUCUUUCCAACACAACGUCACCCGACACCUCGACGCCGGCCCAGGACUCGGCAUACAUCAUUGCCCACGGUUCCAACGCCAGCAACGCCGCUCCUGUGGUUGCUCCGGGGCCUGCCACCGGCUCUGGCGACAACUGGAUCAAGACGGAGCCCUCGAUGGAUUUUAUGCCUCGGUACGAGCCGCGGUACGACCAGUCUAUCUCCAUUGACGCCCCCAUGUUUAUUCCUGAUGGUAACGAGUAUCAUCACAACGGGGAGAUGUUGGGUGACAUGUGGGGGACUCUCUAA